CCUCCCUCCCUCCGCCUCGCCGCUUCCUGGGAGGCAAACGUUCGGCGGCGGGCAAGGCUGCGCGCGGCUCGGGGGCGCUCCUGGCCCACCCACAUACCUCUCGUUACUGCACAAAUGGACAUUUGAAAGUGUUUGAAGGUGCUGGUUGUCAAACGCUCGCGAGCAUGGAAACCUCGUCAAUGUUGUCCUCACUGAAUGAUGAGUGUAAAUCAGACAAUUACAUUGAGCCUCACUACAAGGAAUGGUAUCGAGUAGCCAUUGAUGCACUGAUCGAACAUGGGUUAGAAGCAUACCAAGAAUUUCUUGCCAAGGAACGAGUGUCAGACUUUCUAGCUGAAGAAGAAAUUAAUUACAUUUUGAAAAAUGUCCAGAAAGUUGCACAAAGUACAGCAUAUGGUACUGAUAACUCCUAUGAUGAUACCUCAUCUUCAGGGACUUACUGGCCCAUUGAGUCUGACGUGGAAGCUCCAAAUCUUGACUUAGGCUGGCCGUAUGUGAUGCCCGGACUCUUAGGCGGUACCCAUAUAGACCUCCUCUUUCAUCCACCAAGAGCACACUUACUUACAAUUAAGGAAACUAUUCGGAAGAUGAUAAAAGAAGCAAGAAAGGUCAUUGCUUUAGUGAUGGAUAUAUUCACAGAUGUGGACAUUUUCAAAGAAAUAGUGGAGGCAUCAACUCGAGGGAUAUCUGUAUAUAUUCUUCUUGAUGAGUCCAACUUUAGUCAUUUCCUAAAUAUGACUGAAAAACAGGGCUGUCAAGUUCAACGACUCAGGAAUAUUCGAGUGCGGACAGUAAAAGGCCAAGAUUAUCUUUCAAAAACAGGAGCAAAAUUUCAUGGAAAAUUAGAACAGAAGUUUUUGUUAAUUGACUGCCAGAAAGUUAUGUAUGGUUCUUACAGCUACAUGUGGUCGUUUGAGAAAGCCCACCUCAGCAUGGUUCAGAUAAUCACAGGACAACUUGUUGAGUCCUUUGAUGAAGAAUUUAGAACUCUCUAUGCCAGAUCCUGUGUCCCCAGUCCAUUCGCCCAGGAAGAAUCAGCAAGGGUGAAGCAUGGCAAAUCACUCUGGGAGAAUGGCACCUACCAGCGUUCAGUUUCUUCACUAGCUUCUGUUUCCAGCCAAAGAAACCUUUUUGGCAGACAGGACAAAAUUCACAAACUAGACUCUAGUUACUUCAAAAACAGAGGGAUAUACACUCUAAAUGAACAUGACAAAUAUAGCAUAAGAAAUCAUGGCUACAAGCCUCAUUUUAUUCCAAAUUUUAAUGGUCCAAAUACAGUCCGUCAGUACCAAUCCAGUCAAUUAAAUGAAAAUUGGAAGAGGCAUAGUUAUGCUGGGGAACAGCCAGAAACAACACCAUACCUGCUGCUUAACAGGGCUCUGAAUCGAAACAUCAAUCCUCCAGGUAAUUGGAAAAAGCCUUCAGAUAGUCUGAGUGUGGCAUCCUCAUCACGAGGCGGCUAUGCAGGUCACCGUAAUGCACCUGCCCAGAGUUUUGCUGAUCGGCUUGCCCAGAGAAAAACAACAAAUCUCGCAGAAAGGAACUCAAAUGUGCGGCGGUCUUUUAACGGGACAGAUAAUCAUAUUCGCUUUUUGCAACAGCGAAUGCCAACCCUUGAACAUACCACAAAGUCGUUCUUGCGUAACUGGAGAAUCGAAUCCUACUUAAAUGAUCAUUCAGAAGCUGCACCUGAUUCAAAUGGAUCGGCUCUAGGUGACCGGUUUGAGGGCUACGAAAGUUCUGAAAAUUUGAAAGCCAACGCCCUUUAUACUCAUUCUCGGCUUCGUCCCUCUUUUGUGUUUAAACCCACUUUACCUGAGCAGCAGGAAGUUAACAGUUGUACAACCGGCUCCUCAAAUUCAACUGUCGUCGGUUCCCAGGGAAGUGAUACACCUAAGGAGGUCCUGGACACUCCUACGAGUGUACAGCAUGUGACAGACAAGCCCUUGCCGGAAUCAACCCCGAAGCUCCCAUUGCAGUCGGAGGCACCCAAAAUGCACACCUUGCAGGUUCCCGAAAACCACUCAGCUGUCUUACAUCAAACUACAAAUGGCCAUCCAGAGUCAAACAACUAUUUAUAUACAUCCUUGUGUGUAAAUAAGCAGACAGAAAAUCCAAAGAAUCAACAAAAUGAGAAUCUGCUCAAAAGGCGAAGUUUUCCAUUCUUUGACCACUCAAAAGCCAAUUUAGAUCACGGACACAGUAAGCAUUAUGUAUAUAGUACACUCACCAGGAGUCGAGUUAGACAACCAGAAAAACCCAAAGAGGAUUUGCUGAAAAGUUCUAAGAGCAUGCACAAUGUGACUCAGAGCGCGGAAGAGGACAGGGAGGUCAUCAAGAGAGACCCUCCGAGUGGCACUACCACCAAGUCAAUUUCCAUUGCUGCUUUGCUUGAAAUGAAUAAAGAUGAAGCUAGCAAAGAACUGACUUCAAAAAAGGAAGUUAAAGGUUCGCCAAGUUUUUUGAAAAAGGGGUCUCAGAAGUUAAGGUCAUUACUUAGCCUUACCCCAGAAAAGAAAGAAAAUCUGUCCAAAAAUAAAGCACCUGCCUUUUAUAGAAUGUGUAGCAGUUCUGACACGUUAGUUUCUGAGGCUGAAGAGAAUCAAAAAACAAAGAAGUCAGAACCAAAAAUUGAUUCAUCUCCCAGAAGAAAGCGUUCUUCCUCAUCAAACUCUCAAGGCAGUAUUCACAAGAGUAAGGAAGAUGUAACAGUUAGCCCAUCCCAGGGGAUCAGUUCUCCAUCCGAGGAAGGUAGUAAAACAAUACCUUCUUCAGGUCCAGUUGAGAACAAGUUCUUGGAAAGGGCAGGUGAUGCUUCUGCCCCUAGAUUUAACACCGAACAGAUCCAAUACCGAGAUUCAAAGGAGAUUAAUACAGUUCUUGCUCCUGAAAGAAAACCAGCUUCUUCUCCAAGACCAAAGCCCAAUGAGCUUCUAAGAUCUCACUCAACUGACAGGCGCGUUUAUAGUCGUUUUGAGCCAUUUUAUAAGAUUGAAAGCUCUAUUCAGCCUGCAAGCAACCUGCCAAAUACUGGUGUGCAUCGCCCAGAAAUAAAAUCCACAACUGUGGGCAAUAGUUAUGGCAGGUCCAGCCCACUGCUUAAUUACAGUACUGGCGUAUAUCACUCAUACCAGCCAAAUGAAAACAAGUUCAGAGGAUUUAUGCAGAAGUUUGGAAACUUCAUACACAAAAAUAAAUGAAAUACUGUAACUUCAAAUAGUUUUAAAAAUACAAAUGACUGUAACUAUAAAUAUUUGUCCAAAGAACCCUGUGGAUGGUUUUUGUAACAUGUCAAUAGAUUUCUAUAGGGACAGAGUUUGGGGGUAUGAUGUAAAUGUUUACCAGUGUACUAAUGUAUACAGUAAAGUUCUGUGUGAUAAAGUUAGUUGUACUUAAUUGCAGUGUAGAUGGAAUGUCUCUAUACACAUGACUUUUAAAUGGUAGUGGUAAAAAAAAAAAUGUAAUUGUUUUCUUCGGACUGAAAAUCUUCUUAAGUCUCAGAAUAGAAACUGUAGUGGAGAGAUGGUGUAUGGAUUUUAAGCAUUCAUUCUAAAGCCUUUCCCUUGAAAAAAGGAUCAUUAUACUCUCAAUGGCCCUUUAUAAUAUAUCUUUAUGGGUUCUCAUAUCUUCACAUUAUGAGAAAAUAGGACAAAGCCUUUUUGGGUUUUAAUUAUCUUUAAAUUCUACAGGGUAACUCAUUAUAUUUUAUUAGUGUUUUAUUAAUUUUCCUGUGGAACAUAUGCAACUGGUUGGGCAGCAACAGUACAUUUUAAGUUAUAUAGCUCAGCACAUCUUUCAUUUUAACUGAGGUGUUUGCAGACUCUCAGCCUCAUAUAGUACAUGGUAGGAAUUUCUUUUCCUAAUUUUUUGAAAACCAUCCAGGUUGUGUUUCUUUCCACUCUGGACCAAGGGAGCCUAUAUUCCACUCACCAGUCAGCUGCUGAAAUUUUAUAACCAUUCCUUCUUUGAAACUUAGAGCAAGCAAUAGAUAUUUGGGAAACUUGAAUUGUAAACUUCUGCCUAAAUUUUUAUCUUGGAUUAGUAUGGCAAUGCUUAGUGUUUUGCUUACAAAAAUCCUUGAUCUUUUUUACACUGUGCCAAAUACAAUAUGACUGUGCACUGUUUUCAUAAAAGUUCUGUGAUGAAACUGAGAA